GGACCCCGAGUCGUCUGCGGCCGGGGGACCCCUUCCCGCCCUCUGCCUCGCCCGCUGGGCUGUGGAACUAGCGCGCGUCCGCCCUGUGUCCCUCACUCGUGGCGGGGCUCGGCUCGUGGCCUCUCAGUCGAGCUCUGCUCCACGCGACUCCGCGGACCGGCUGGGGUGUCCGCUUCUCCCUGCCCCUCCAAGGCCUGAGGCCGUGGUUCAAAAAUGGCUGGGCGCCCAUGGCCUCGCAUCAAGGUUACUGACUUUCCAUGAUGUUUGGUGGUUAUGAGACCAUAGAAGCAUAUGAAGAUGACCUUUAUCGUGAAGAGUCAUCUAGUGAACUGAGUGUUGAUAGUGAGGUGGAAUUUCAGCUCUACAGCCAAGUUCAUUAUGCCCAAGAUCUUGAUAAUGUCAUCAAAGAGGAAGAACAUGAAGAGAAGAACUCUGGGAAUUCUGAAUCAUUCAGUAGUAAACCAAAUCAGAAGAACUUAAUUAUCCUUUCAGAUAGUGAGGUCAUCCAGCUAUCAGAUGGGUCAGAGGUCAUCACACUGUCUGAUGAAGAUAGUAUUUAUAAAUGUAAAAGAAAGAAUUUUAGAGUCCAUGCAGAAGAAAAGACCCAAGGUCCUCCUGCUUUUCUUCAUUCUAAUGCGUUGGCAGAUAAGAAAUGCAAGAGGGAUAUUGAGAAGACUAAACCUGGAGAGAGAUCAGGUACAAUCCAAGAGGUCAUGAUUAUAGAGGUCAGUUCAAGUGAAGAGGAAGAGAGCACCAUUUCAGAAAGCGAUAAUGUGGAAAGCUGGAUGCUGCUGGGAUGUGAAGUUGAUGAUAAAGAUGACGAUAUCCUUCUCAAUCUUGUGGGGUGUGAAAAGUCUGUUAAUGAAGGAGAAGAUGGUGUAAACUGGUUCAUCAGUGACAAAGAUGUUGAGGCACAGAUAGGUAAAAAAAGAACAUCUGGAAGAUGGACCCACCGAUACUAUUCAGUCAACAAAAACGUUACCUGUAGAAAUUGUGACAAAUGUGGCCAUUUGUCAAAAAACUGCCCCUUUCCACAAAAAGUCCGCUCCUGCUGCCUCUGCUCCGAGAGAGGACACCUCCAGUAUGCCUGUCCGGCCCGCUUUUGCUUUGACUGUUCUUUGCCUAUGUCUUCUACUCACAGAUGUCUUGAAAGACCUUCCUGGAGAAAACGGUGUGACAGAUGUGAUAUGAUAGGCCACUAUGCUGAUGCUUGCCCAGAAAUCUGGAGGCAGUAUCACCUAACGACCAAACCUGGACCACCCAAAAAGCCAAAGACCCCUUCUGGACAAUCAGCCUUAGUGUAUUGCUACAACUGCGGACAAGAAGGCCAUUAUGGACAUGAAUGUACAGAAAGACGAAUGUUUAACCAGACCUUUCCAACAUCUCCAUUCAUCUACUACUAUGAUGACAAAUACAAAAUCCGGGAGAGAGAUCAGAGAAUAAAACGAAAAGUGAAAGAACUCCAGAAGAAUGGGGAUUUUCCAAGGCAGUUCAAGAGGCCUCAUAUGGAAGCAGCAGAUAAGAGGCCCCACCGUGAUAUGAGGAAGAGCCAUGCCUCAUGGAGAAAUAACACAUGGCCUCAAGAAAAGAAAGAAACCCAGAAAGAAGCCAUGAACAGGACCAGCAGAGAGCGUGAGAAGCACAGGAAGGCUGACAGGUGUCAUGAAGUGGAUGAGGACUACCCCAGGGGCCCCAGAGUCCACUCUUCUCCUGGCACGGUCAAAACCCAGAAGCCUCACAAGCCCUUUCACCACUCAUCGCAUUACCACAAGCCAAGAGAAGACAGGCUGCCCAGAGAGGGCAGGAGGGUCAGGCAUAAGAAAAAGGAGAGCUGUUGGGAGGAUGAUGGCAAUGAUAAUUUAUUUCUCAUUAAGCAGAAGAAAAAAAAGUCUAAGCUGUGAGUUAGCUUCUGAUUUGGCUUCCCAGUGUUUGGUCUUCAUGUCUACAACAUCCUGGCAAUAUUUGUAUUAUCUAUGAUUAAAUAAAAUGAGGUUUUUGUUUUUGUUUUUUUAAUCUCAGCCAUACCUAGAGCUAUUGAACAAAGUCCUUGGAGAUCUCAGUUCUCUGUGUCCAACAGGUUGUUAGGUAAGAAAACAGAAAGAUAAACUCGGACUUCCCCUGUUCCAGGACGUCAUUUUUAUUCACUCAGUACCCUAGGGAUAGGAAGAAUUAAUCUUUUCACAAAAAAAAUUUUUUUUAAUAUUUUGAAAAAAUAGAAAAGCUCAUUAAAUGUAUGCAGUAUAUGAAAAUUAAAUCCUUGCAAGAAGAUAAAUUAAUGCUAAUAUGAAAAAUUCAUCACUCUUUUUCAGCAUUCCUUUUUUUUUUAAUAUCGGAAAGGAUAAUAACUAUAUAUCUAAAUCUGGGUUUUCUUGCUUCUGAAGCUGGUGUCAGAAUCUUACUUUGGUCAGAGUAUCACAGGCUGAAGAUGAAGGUGUCGUCAUUGAAGCACUGAAGAGACAGGGAAUUAGGUUUUAGAGCAAAAUACAAGUAAGGAAUCCAUCCAGAGUAAAUGUUGAGAAACAGAUUUCCUGAAACAAGUGAAAAGAGUCAUCAAAAUUUUUAACUUAAUCACAAGGAAAUCAUUUUUACCAUUUUUACAGCCAUACUUGAGGAAGACUGUCCCUCACAUAUUUAAGAUGAAUAUCAUCCAACUUAAAAAAUUGUUUUGUUCUCAUGGGUUUUUUAACUACCACAGAGUUAUACAGAAAUUUUUAUACUUGUGAACCUUUUGUACUUAUCAGAGCCUAAUGUUAGAAUAAGAAAAAUAAAAUGUCUGCAAUAGAAUAAAUAAAUUUGUCUACUAUGUAAAAAGGCAAUGAGAGUUUGAGUAGUGACAAAGGGCGUACUUGGGUUGGACAAGUGACUAAAGUUAUAAAAUCUCUAUAAACUGGGGUCAAAUGCCCUCACUGUGCCCAAGCACUAGAUUUAUGCCAGAAUAAAAUGAGAUGGAGAAACAAAAUGUUUCUCCAUGUUCUCCAACAAUUGGAAUCUUAAAUUUGUGUUUUACUCUUUGUGGAGUACACAGGCUGCUGUAUAUCUGGUAGGAUUAGCUCUCUUUUCUUUUGGAGGGCAAGGGAGAAUCUCUCCUCUAGAAUCAGACUUAGUGUCUUUAGUUUACCACCUUCCCUGUGGCUGCCCAGCUUUCAGCUAAGUGUCAAGCGUUCGUUGUGUGUUGGUGGUUGGCUUCCUAACAUCUACUGGGAUUGUUCUGACCCUAAGGUAAGUGGGCACAGUCUUUUAAUACCCUGCUAAAAGUGGCAGCCAUGAAAAAUGGCUUCAUAGAGUGGUAAGCCUUGAGAUAAUUGGCAUUAUUUCUCAGUAGAACCUGGGACAGGUGUGGCUUAUUACUGAUGUGGUGUGACUAGCAUUCCUUCAGAUCUGAGGACCUCUGCUUUCAGGGCAGAAAUGGGAUUGCCUUUCAUACUUAGAAAAUUGUUUGGAGGAGGGAAGAAACAAAGCUCUUCUUCUAUUUGUUUCUGCACAUUACCUUCUUUUUCCUCCCAAAUUUUAUUUUUUUUUAUUAGACAAACAUUUUGUUCUGGGGUAUAAUUUACCCUUCAGGUCCAUGCAUUUAUAUGCAGAUAGGAAAGGAGGCUGAGCUACUUCACUUCGGGGCAUUAGGAUGAUAAGGAAAGAACAGAAGCACAAAAGGAGCUUCUGCUCCAUUUCCUCUUCAUUGCCCUUGGCACCUGGCUCUUACACCAAGUGUUCAGUUAGUCAGUCUACUCACACACUAACUUUCCAUACAAGAACGGGGAGUUUAAAAUAUUUAGUGAUUUGACAAUCAAAUAAGACUUUAAAUGGAUAAAUGUGGUUAAGAGAAAAGGAGAUGUCCCAAACCAUAAGGAUCCACAUAGUUGCUAAGAUUGAGAAGACUCUAAACAUCUUUUGCCUCUGGUCCCACUUUGAUUAGAAACAGCCUGAGUAGCUCCUUUCCUGGGUUCUAACUUGAUUCAUGUUUGGCAUUCUUAGAAUAGAGCACAGAGAAACUGUCUCCAACUUUCUCAAUGGAAAGCCUUGCUUUCAUGGACCAUGCUACUGGCAGUGCCUAUUAUUUCAGAACCAUGCUAUUAACAGUGCUUAUUAUCAGCUCUUUAUGUUAUACAAGGAGUACAUAUUCUUUUUAA